AUGACACAAAAUAUUUUAACAGUUUAUUCUACAGAUUCAAAUGGAAGUGAAAAAAAGAAUCAUAUGAUAAAAACUUAUUCAUUUAAUACAGAUGAUGAUGAUACAAUCCAAACGGCAAAUUCUCUUACAAUUCCCAAUCAUAAAUUAAUAUCGAUAAAUUCUCCUUCAAUCGAUAGUGCGAAUCUUGAUGAUGAGUCGUCAGAAGGCAGCAGCAAACGCAAAACAAAAAAAUCACGACAAACACAUGAAUCUGAGAAAAAAAUUCCGAACAAACCUCUUCCAAUAAAGAAACCUCCAUGGUAUAAAAAGAUCAAUUGGUCAAGACCAUUAUUAAUCGUGGGUUUAUUAAUCUUGCUCUAUUUAAUGUGGACGAAAAAAGAUACAUGGAUUCCUCGAUUAUUAACAUCAAAUGCUCGUAUUCAACGUUCUCUCGUUGUAAAAGACAGAGAAAUAUCAAAUGAUUUAACAGAUUCAUCUUCACGUAUACCAUCAACAGAUACAACAAAAUCAUUAAAAGAUUCACAAAUGAAAUCUAAUCUUAAACAAGAUAUUAUCGAAAAUAGCGAAGAAAAAAAUGAUGAUGAUCAAAAUAAAAGUGAACGAACUAAUAUUAGAAACAAUGAAGAUUCAACAAGUUCUUCUACUAAAUCACAGAGUGAAAAUAAACCUAUUAAACAAAAUAAAUCCAUUAAAGAAAAUAAAUCCAUUAAACAAAAUAAACGUAUUAAACAAAAUAAACGCAUUAAACAAAAUAAACGUAUUAAACAAAAUAAACGUAUUAAACAAAAUAAACUAAUUUCAUUACCGCAUCAUCGUUCACAGAAAAAAAAUCGUCAUCGACGAAUUAAUCAACAUGAAAAUUUGAAGAGUAUUGUUCCUUCAAAAUCCGGUAUACGUUUGUCUACAUAUAAUGAUAUUAUUUAUCAAUUAAGAAAAAAUCUUAAAUCUCGAAGUCGACGCCGACAGUUUUUAUCAACAUUAUCGAAAACGACUGGUUUAAAAAAAAAGAAACUAUAUAGACUUAUUCAUAAAAAAGACUUUCGUCUUUUAUCAACACAAACAUUUAUUUCUAUUUUAGAUACAUUUAACUUAACGCUUUUAGUUGUACCAAAAGAGAUUUAGAAAAAAUAAAUCGCCCCUGACCAGGAUCGAACUGGCGACCUUCUCUUUAGAAGAGAGACGUGCUUGUCCACUACACCACAAGGGCACACUAUGCUAAAAUAGAACAGUUUUUGUCCGAAAAAUUUUCACAAACGAAAAAACAAUUAAUCGAAGGAAUGCAAAAGUAAAUUUGCACAUUUUCUUUUUCUUUUGUGAUUUUAGACUUGCAUUAUGAAAAAGGUAUCGAUUCUAUGUAUAAUUAUUUUAUGAAAAUGGUAACUUUUUCUUUUUCUUCGUCUAUCUCUAAAAAAAACAUCGCUGUUUCGUCGUUGUUGAGUAAUUAGGUUAUUCGACACGUCCCAAACAAACAAAAAACUGUUAUAAGAAUGUUAAAAUGCGUUAAAUUAGUGUUUUAAUGUUUUGGAACGUGUAAACACGUCUAUUGAUUCAAUUCGUAAUUUAAACACGUUUUUCAUUGUUUUUUGGUGCAUUUUGAUCAUAAGAUUGUAAAACAGUUUCAUUUUGCUGCUACAAAAUGAAUCACUUUUAAACAGGAAAUUUCCAUUUUUGUUUUGAUCAUCUUACAUCGAUCGAACAUUAUUUAUUACAGUCUUUCACAUAUUAAUUAAACAUUUUUUUACACUAUAAUUUCCAAAACACGCUUGCCUCACU